GGGUCCAUACGGUGCUUGGAAUUGACUAGGUGAAAAUUCCAAGAAUGGAGAUGAUUUCCAUGAAUUUGUAACAUCCAUUCACAGUUGGGUUUACAGUGACUAUCAUGGAAAGACUCAUCGCCCAAAGUCUUCACUUGACUUCUGUGAAAUAGCAACAACCCCCACCUUUUCAUCUUUGGAAUAGUCAAUGCCACAGCCCCAAAAAGACAGCCUUCUCCUUCAACACUAACUCAGAGUUCUUGCCAUGUCUACACCAGCAGAAUAUUAUAACUCUCUGCCACCAGUGAGCAAGGCUUAUGGAGUGCUCUGUUUAAUGGCCACAGCUGCUCAACGUUUACAACUUUAUGAUGCUAGGAACAUAGCUCUCACAUAUGAAGAUGUAUUCAGACGUUUUCAGAUUUGGAGGCUUGUUAACAAUUUCUUCUUCCUUGGACCAUUUUCAUUCCCUUUCGCAAUUCGUCUCAUCAUAAUAGCAAAAUAUGGUGUUUCCUUAGAGAGAGGGCCUUUUGGCAAGAGGACGGCAGACUUCCUAUGGAUGUUAAUCUUUGGAGCAAUCUCACUCCUGGUGAUGGCUGUUGUUCCAUUUCUGUGGACUCCUUUCAUGGGACCUUCCUUGGUGUUUAUGAUUGUGUAUAUUUGGGCCCGUGAGUUCCCAAAUGCACGAAUCAACAUAUAUGGAGUUGUGUCAUUGAAGGUACACUGGUUCUAUCUUCCAUGGGUAAUGCUUGCACUGGAUUUGAUAUUUGGGGUUCCACUGCUGCCGAAUUUUCUUGGUAUGGUCGCGGGCCAUCUUUAUUACUUCCUCACGGUUCUUCAUCCUCUUGCCAGUGGAAAAUACAUAUUCAAGACUCCUCUCUGGGUGUAUCCUUUUCUGGGUUUAUUUGCUUUUUACUUCUGCUCUUGAA